UCCCCAUCGCCGGGUGCUUCACCCACCCAAACCCAGCCGAAUCCACCCUCCUCACGCCUUGCUACUUCCCCUCCAGCUCCCGCAGAAAAAUAAUCCAACUUUUUUAAUCAGAAACCAGCAAGGCCGACGCCUUCGAAUCCAAAUUUUACUAGGACUUCGGCGGCUGCCCCGCUCGCCAACCACCGCCUCCGGCCGCGCCGCCAUGGCGCUGCUCGUGCGCGCGCGGCUGUCCUCGCUCGACGACGACGACGACGACUCGGCCACGGUGUCCUCGCUGUCCUCGGCCCCGUCCUCCCCGCCGCUCUCGCCGCUCCCGGCGUCCCCGCCGCUGCGCGCGCGCGCGGCGGUCCUCGGCGCCCCGCGCGUCGCGGCGCAGCUCUCGUCCGCCGAAGAGGACGCCAGCGAGUCGUUCGACGACGCCACCAGCUCCGGGGAGGACGCCGAGCUGGUGGAGGAGGUCUCCAACGGCUUCUUCUUCACCGUCGCCAGGGUGCCGCCGCCCCCGCCCCCGCCCGAGGACGCCAUCCUGGUCCCAGGCGGCGAGACGGCGGGGGCCGCCGGUGCGCCCGAGAGCGGGGACAAUUUCGGCGCCGCGGAUGUGUCGCUGGAGGAGACCUUCAUGAGCGCCAAGAGCGUCUUGGAAGUGCUCGACGCCAGCGCAAGGAGCAGAUUGGACGGUGCCAUUGCGGAUGGCAAUGGUACGGGCGUCGAAGGUUCGCUAGAUGGGAGCUUCCAGAGUUCCGGGAGUGUCAUCGGUGGGCUGGAUGGUGGAGAGGCUGCUGAAUCAGGUGAUCUGGUGGAUGUUACCGAUGUUCCUGCCCUGAUGGAUGGUAAGCAGGGGGAGCAGGAUGCUGGUGCUGAGGCUGUCAAUGAUGUGGCGCCUGAACCUUUCAUGCCUGUUGCUGGGGUCGAUGACCUGCGUGUUGUGGAUGCUUUGGAGGGGAAGGGCGUGUCUGAUCAUGAGGUUGGUGAAUUGCUUCCAGUUCUCAGUGCUACAGAAGGACAGGAUGCUGGUGUUGGACUUCGCAAUGAUGAUUCUGAUGCAAAAGGUAGUACAUCCAAGUAUGAGGCUGUCCUGGAUGUUGAAGAUGCUAGUCCUGAAUAUGUUGCCACAAGAGAUGCCACAUCUGACAUCGUGGAAGUUCGUGAUAAUGUUGAUGACCCAGAUUCCAUUGCAGAUGGUGGUCAUACUAAAGUAGAUGAGGAAGCUGAUGGUGAUGAUGAAGCUUCCGAUGAUCUUACAUCCAUGCCAGUCUCUGCAAGUGACGAUGCUGUGGAACUUCUUGUGAAAGAAUUGGAGGACAAUGUGCCUGCUUCCAAAGGAACACGCUUUGGUGUGGAUGACUCAGAUGAUGAGAUAAAUGGCGACGCUGAAUAUGAAGAUGAGGUGAAUGGAAAGGAAAUCGAGUUUUUUGAUUAUGCAGCUCUAGUUGAACUUCUAAGGGCCGCAAACAUCUCGAUGGGAGAAGGCAAUGCCAAAGUUUUUCCAGUUGAAUCUUCUGAGCCCAAACAUCUGCCGCCCAAGAUAUCCAGCAUUCCUAGGACAGACAUGGCUUCUACUCCUGUGCUAGAAGUAACUUCCGACCCCGAGCAAGAGAUGACUGAUGAAGAAAAGAAGUUAUACAGAAAGGUGGACAUGGCACGAAUCAAGUACAUGCGUCUAAUUCAUAGAUUGGGGUAUGAUACUAAUCAUCUGGUACCAGUACAAGUGUUGUAUCGGCUUAGUCUUGUUGAAGGUUUCAGGCGCGUAAGGAUGUCAAACCAUUCCUCUGAGCUCGAGAAUGCCUGGAAGAGGGCUUUGCAGCUUGAGGCAGAGGGAAUUGAGGAAGUUGAAUUCUCAUGCAAUGUUUUGGUCCUUGGGAAGACUGGGGUGGGGAAGAGUGCAACAAUAAACUCCAUCUUUGGCGAAGAUAAAUCCAAAACAAAUGCUUUUCUACCAGCAACAUCAUCUGUGAAGGAGAUUACUGGAGUUGUUGAUGGUGUCAGAUUUCGUGUUAUUGACACCCCUGGACUUGGGACUUCGGCCAAGGAUGAAAAAUCAAAUAGGAAAGUGCUCAAUUCUGUUAAGAAGUAUAUGAAGAGAUGCCCUCCUGAUAUUAUUCUGUAUGUCGAUCGGAUUGAUACCCAGCGACAGGAGGCAGAUAGCCUAUUCCCCUUGCGACAUAUUACCAGUGUGCUAGGCCUGUCAAUAUGGUCCAGAGCAAUUAUUACUCUCACUCACUCAGGAGCAGCUCCCCCUGAAGGCCCUAGUGGUUCGGCAAUAAACUAUGGUAUGGUUGUGACUCAUCGAACUCAUGCAAUUCAGCAAAGCAUCCGGCAGGUAACCAAUGAUCCUCGAAUUGAGAAUCCAGUGGCUCUUGUGGAGAACCAUCAUCUCUGUCGGAGGAACACAGAGGGUGAAAAGGUGCUUCCUGAUGGCCUUACUUGGAGGCGUCUGCUCCUCCUCCUAUGCUACUCAAAGAAGAUGAUCGCUGAGAUUGACAAUCUGUCAACCCGCCGUGCUUCUCCUGCAAGUUUAUUAGGUCGCUUUUUUCAAGUGCCUACACUUCCUUACUUCCUAUCAUCUUUGUUGCAAUCUAGAGAGCACCCUAGGAGUUCUAAUGACCAUUAUGUUGGGAGUGUGGACUCAGAUUUUGAUCCAGAUGAAUUGUUGAAUGAGAAUCAAGAGGAUGAGGAAGAUGAUUAUGAUCAUCUUCCUCCCUUUAAGCCACUAAGUAAAGCUCAGGUUGCAAAACUCUCCAAGGAGCAACAGAAGUUGUAUUUUGAUGAAUAUGAUUACCGAACUAAGCUUCUUCAGAAAAAGCAGUUGAAGGAACAGCUCAGAAGAUUUAAGGAAAUGAAGGAGGGCGAUAACAAUGAUGCACCUUCUGAUGAUGAUCAUCCUGAUGAUGAAUUUGAUACAGAUAGAUCUCCGAUGCCAGACUGGGCCUUGCCGUCAUCGUUUGACUCCGAUGAUCCUGUGUACCGUUAUCGGUGCCUUGAGCCUACACCGAACCUUCUGGUGCGUGCUGUUAACAACCCUGAUGUAUGGGAUCAUGAUUGUGGUUUUGAUGGUGUGAGCGUCCAACACAGCCUUGAUGUUGCUAACAAAUAUCCAGCUUCUCUGUGGGUUCAAGUUAACAAGGACAAAAGAGAGUUCACCAUUCAUUUGGAUUCCUCCAUGUCAGUUAAACAUGGAUAUCAUGCCUCGAGCCUUGCAGGCUUUGACAUCCAAACAAUUAUGGACCAGCUUGCUUACACUCUCAGAGGGGAGACCAAAUUCAAGAACUUCAAGAGAAACGUCACUACUGGUGGUUUAUCCAUGACUUUUUUGGGCAAUACCAUGGUGACUGGAGCGAAAUUUGAAGACAAGCUUUCAGUUGGUAACAGGUUAACACUGCUAGCUAACACUGGUGCUGUGUCCAUGUGUGGUGAUGCCGCAUAUGGGGUGAAUAUGGAGGCAACUCUGCGUGAAAAAAGUUAUCCUGUAGGUCAAGGGCUUGCAACUUUGGGUGCAUCCUUAGUAAGGUGGCGUAAAGAGUGGACCAUGGCUACACACUUGGAUUCCCAGUUCUCUGUUGGGAGGACUUCAAACAUGGCAGUUCGUGUUGAUGUAAACAACAAACUAACUGGACGGGUGAGCAUCAAGGCCAACACUUCAGAACAGCUGAAGAUUGCCCUUUUAGCUAUCUGUUCCGCGACAAUGUAUCUGUGGAACAAGAUGCAUCCUGGUGCCGAUCCUAAUGCUUAGUAGCACUGAACUCCCAAGAUCCAACCAUUCAGAGGUUGGCUAGUCCACCAUUUUCCUACCAGCUCGUGAUUAAAGAAGGGGAGGUGGCUGCAAACUCUGGGAAUUUGCUAGGAAUGGAAGUUGAGCCAUCACUUUCUGUCAAGAAUCAAGAUAAGUGUAGCUGUGCUACCGUUUCCUUUAUUUUAAGUUAAGUGCGCAGUUGGUGGCCAACUUCAUGAGCGACUCAACUUUUUUGUUUUGUCAAAAAUUGUAACUAGUAACACAGCUGAUAAAUUGUAAUAUAUAUAUAAUGUAUAUAUAAAAAAGUUA